GGGGGUUAAUCACAAUUCGCAGCCGGGUUCUCCGACAGAAGUGAGGUGAAAGUGGUCAGGUGUGGUUGUUGCCGGUAAACAGUGGUGCCCAAGACUUUUGUCAAAAUUGGGAUUACCGGAGUUUGAUUAUCAAAACAAAAUGGCGGGAGUAAUUGCGAUGCCUAUCCCGCAAUAUCCGCCUCAGCUGACAGCGCCAAUCCCACUAUACCCCUGGCAGCAACUUCCGCUUCCGUCGCCAUGUGGAAUGUGUGACGCAGAAUCGAGCAUACAGUGCAUUUCCGCCACUGACAUCACCGUCAACGCCUGGUACUCUUGUUGGAACCCCUCCUCAGAAUGUACAACACAACUGAUGACAUCAGCAAUUGAUCUGUCUACGUCAUCGAAAUCGACGCAGUUGACUAACAUCCAGCACAGAGGAUAUACAGACUUUUCUUCAAAACCUAAGUUUAAGCGAGAGCCUCGCUUUGAUUUCGCUCAUCUAGCGAAAUCCGUUUCCGAAGAGAAUGACGGGAAAUAUUCCACAUCACAUGACCGGAACCAGGAGGCGCAGAUUAUCAGUCACGUGACAGUGCACUUCAACCAACUAAGAUUUUCCGAGUACCAACAAUUACCAGGAAGAUUCUGCCCUGCAGUGAUAAAGAAGACACGAAGACACGGACCACGGACGAAGAAAGAAUUUAUCUGCAAAUUUUGCAGCCGACAUUUCACGAAGUCGUACAACUUGCUAAUUCACGAACGGACACACACGGACGAACGCCCGUACAGCUGUGACAUCUGCGGCAAGGCGUUCAGAAGACAGGACCACCUCAGAGACCACAAGUACAUUCAUUCUAAGGAGAAACCUUUCAAAUGCGUCGAGUGUGGGAAGGGAUUCUGCCAGUCGAGAACUCUCGCGGUACACAAGGCCUUACACUCACAGGCGCCUAAUAUCAAUCGAGGGAGGACUUUAUCGAAGACAUCUGCGAAAAAUACCACCUGCCCCAAGAACCCAUGACGUCAUCAAUAUGUGUGUACUGUUUUGCUCAACUGUUAUAAAUGAUAUUAGCGCAUCUAAAAACCAUUGAAAUGACUGUUGGUGUAAACCAAUGAAGCAACGAUAUUUUCUGUAAACUAGGAAAAAACUUUUUAAUAAUCUGUGAACCAGUGAACGCUGUUGUCUAAACCGGCAAAACGUUUGCAGGAAACAAAAUGAACCAAUGAACGUCAUUGUCUUUAAACUGGUGAUACGUUUACAGAUGUAAUGCACCAAUAAAUGCUGUUGUCUUUUAAACUGGUAAUACGUUUAAAUGACAAAAUGCACCAAUGAACGGUGCUGUUUUUAAACUAGUAAAACGUUUAAAGGGAACAAUGAACCAAUGAGCACUGUCGACUUUAAACUUGAAAAAUAGUGUGGAGAACUGAAACCAGACAGGAUUCAGCACCAAUAGCCACGAACUUAAUAAUACAGGUUACACGCCAUCAUUUAUUUUUACAUGUAUUUUUUCUUCAGAAUAACUUCUGUGAAAAAUACAAUAUCGAGAGGACUACAUAACUACAAUUGUUGAAAAAAAAAGAAACCCAGCCGCUUGAUACAUACCAAACACAAAAUCAAUACAGGUUGAAUUUGAAUUAUCUACCCUUAAAUGGACAGACCCUAGUUUUUAAACACUAAGACAUAUUUGUCACUAUUAGAGCCGUUUAUGAUCACUGAAAUUAAACAUUACUUAUAUUUUAUUGUUUAAAUUAUUCAUUUCCGUACAACCGAAG